CUCGAUAAAAUUGAGCAGCACCGAUCUGUGAUCGCAUUUUUGUACCAGAUCGCAAAAGAAAUACGACGGUUUUAGCGGUCAGCAUGAACACGGCAUUACUGUUGCUGUGUUGCGCGGCGGCGCUGGGGGGCGCCUCCGCUCUCUCAAUCAAAUUGAGACAAAAUCCGGAGACUCUUUGCCUCGGCCAAGACAACUUCCUACGCAUAGCCAGCGUCGACAACUGCUAUGAAUACUACCAGUGCUAUGCCGGCCGUUCCUACCUCAUGCAGUGUCCGGAGGAGACCUGGUUCAACGAAGAGGACCAGGUAUGUGAUCGGUCGGAACUUCCGGCUAACUGUCGGACGGAAAUCGAACCAGAGCCAGAACCAGAACCUGAAUCGGAACCGGAAACAGAUCCUGAUCAAGAAAUCGAGUCAGAAGAGGAAGUAGAAUCGGAAGAUGAAGAAGAGGAAGUAGAAGAGGAAUCAGAACCGGAAGAGGAAGUAGAAGAGGAACCAGAACAGGUAGAGGAAGUACAAAAUAACUCUGAAACAGAAAUAGUGCAAGACGUCGUACAGGAACAAGAUUUGGAUUCGGAAAACGAUCUGGAAGUUUCCCUCCCUGAAGACAUUGUUGAGUCAGAAGAAUCUCAAGAAGAGGGUGUAGAACGUGAUGAGGAGGAUGUCGACGCCGAAAAAGAAAAUGAUAACGAAGAGGAAAAUAAUGAGGAAGAAGAUGAGGAAUUAGAAAAAGAGGAUGGAGACGUAGAGGGAGAUGAGGAAAUAGACGACAGUGAUAAUGAAGUAGAAGAUGUCAAUGAAGAAAAUAAUGAGGAACAUGAGGAAGAGGAACAAGAUGUAGAGGGAGAUGAGGAAGUAGACGAGGGCGAUGAAGAAGUUGAAGGAGAUGUCGAUGAAGAAGAGGAGAGCGAGAAUUUAGAAGGGGAAGCCGAGGAAGACGAAGAUUCAACUGAAAAUGAUGAGGCUUUUAAAUUGAAUGCACAACAAAAACAACAUCACCACCACCAUGACCACGAUCAUGAUCAUCAUCAUGACCAUGACCACGACCACGACCACGACCACGACCACGACCACGACCACGACCACGACCAUGACCACGACCACGAUCACGACCACAAUCACAAUCACGAGCAAGACCAAGAAGUAAACGAAGAUGAGUCCAACGAAGAAGUCGAUGAAGAUUUUGACGCAACACAAGAUGAUCCUCUGAUGAAAUUUGUUAAAGCUUACAGGGAGUAUAAACUUCAACGGGAACUAGACUCUGAUGAAGAGGAAAUCGAAGAAACUCUGCGGAAUAAACCUCACCCACCUCAACCUCAUAACAAUUUAUAUCCAUACGGACAGUACCGCGUUAAACAACAAGAAAUAGAAGAUGUCGAAAAUGAAGAGGAACUAGAUGAAGAACAGGAAGAACCACAGAAAUUGUCUAUGCGUUUCCGACGUUCUCUCCUGAGACAAAGUGAAGAGGAAGAUGACGACGAAAAUGAAGAUUCCUUAGAAGAAGAGAGUGAGAAUCAAGCAGGAGAAAACUUAGAAGACAUCAACGAAAAUGAUGACGAUGAUGCCCAAAAUAAUGAAGAAUUAUCAAAACGUUUGAGAAGAUCUUUGAAGCGACAAAAUGAAGAUGAAGAUGACGCACAGGAUGAGGUUGAUGAUGUUAUUGACCAAGAUGAAGAAGAAGUAUCAAAACGUUUAAGGAGAUCUAUAAAGCAACAAAAUGAAGAUGAAGAAGAUACACAGGAUGAAGAAGAAGAAGAAGAUGAUGAUGAUGAUGAUGAUGACCAAGAUGAUGAAGAAGUAUCAAAACGUUUAAGAAGAUCUUUAAAGCGACAAAAUGAGUCUGAGGAGGAUGAAGAGUAUGAAAAUGAUGAAGAGGAUGAGGAAGAAGGAGAAAAUACCGGAACAGAAGAAAAUGAUGAACAAGAAAAUGAAGAUGAAGGCGAAGCUAAAUUAAAGCAACGACAAAACGAAGAAGAUGAUAAUGAUGACGAUAAUGCCGAUGAAAAUGAAGAAGACAAUAAUGAAGACCUCAAAAGACAAGAUGAAGUAAACGAUGAUGAUGAUGAUGGUGACGAUGAUGAUGAGGAACAAGCUAUAGAAGCUGAAGGCAAGCGGUUCUUGAGGCGACUUUUUAAAUCGCUAGUUUUUUAGACGUUGGCGUCUUAAUUUCAAACACAUUUUUUUAGAGAAGUGAAAGUUUGAUUUACCGUAGGAAGUUAGGACAAAAUAAUUUAUUUAUGAUUAAGUUCCAGUAGGUUUUUAUGUAGUAACACUUUGUGCAAUUUUGUAAAUAUGCUGCUGUGCGA